AAAGGGAGGUAAUUGUCGAGGUAUAUUUUGUUGACAAAAUAAAAACGAAGUACAAACAAUUUUUGUACUCGAAACUGAAAAGAAGAACAAUACAAAAAUAACAAUACAAGAAUAACAAUUUAUACCCACCUCGAAGCAUGGUGUGUAUACCUUGUAUUGUAAUACCGUUUUUCCUAUGGAUAUUCCACAGAUUCCUUCGACCGUUCAUUCUAAAAUUCUGGGACCCAUGGAAGAAACCCAUCAGUUGUGCAGCUGACACGACAACUUCAUCUUCUAAUUCCACAAAAACUAGCACACCACCUUCAAAAGAUGCACCUGUUUCUGCUGCCGAAACAACUCCACAACCGGUUUCCAAUAAGAAGGACGAUUGACCUCAAAAUUCAUGAAACUCAUUUUGUUUCCAUCUGACUUUUCUGAAUUUUGGUAAAUCAUUUGCUAAAGGGAUGAAGUGAUUUAUUAGUUUAUUCAAUAAGAUUUUGUUGAAAAUGACUAACAUUUUAUUUUUUAGAAAUAAAUUUUCAA